GUCGCUCUUCUUCGUUGGUUUAUGACAGCAGCACAACUGUUGCACAUCAGGUAGUGGACUCGGGAGGUUUCUCCUCAUGUCAGUGCAGGAAGAUGUUGUUCAGCCCGACGGGUUUCUCUGAAUGCUUACGAGAAUGGGAGGAUUUAGAGAAGAACUACCAACAAAUACAGGACACCCAUCGUCUUUACAAACAUAAACUUGAGGAAGUGAAGAAACUGCAAGACAGCUGCUCAGGUACCAUCGCACGUCAGAGGAAGAAACUGAAAGAGCUCACUGUGUCACUAGAAGAAUGCAAAGACAAUCAUCCAACGCCCAAAUUAAAUCCAGACGAUGUGGAUUCCAUCGCUGAAAUCGAGGGCUCCAUCAAAGACAGAGCAGAUGCUUUCUCUGAGAUGGAAGCUUUUCUGCCAAAGAAGAACGGGUUAUACCUCAGUCUUGUUUUAGGAAACGUCAACGUAACACUCCUCAACAAACAGUCAAAAUUUGCCUACAAAGAUGAAUACGAGAAAUUUAAACUGGUCCUCACGGUCAUCAUCUUUGUGUUCUCCUUCACCUGCCGCUUCUUGUUCAGCUACAGAGCCCUGGAUGCUCUGUUCAACUUCCUGUCGGUGUGGUAUUACUGCACACUCACCAUCCGGGAGAGUGUCCUCAUCAGCAACGGCUCAAGGAUCAAAGGUUGGUGGGUUUUCCAUCAAUAUGUGUCAACCUUCCUGUCAGGAGUCAUGCUCACUUGGCCUGAAGGUGCUCUCUACCAGAUGUUUAGGAAUCAGUUCCUAACCUACUGUCUAUACCAAAGCUUUGUCCAGUUCCUCCAGUACUACUACCAGAGUGGCUGUUUGUACAGACUCAGAGCUCUGGGAGAAAGACACAACAUGGAUGUUACAGUCGAGGGUUUCCAGUCCUGGAUGUGGAGAGGAUUGACCUUCCUACUUCCUUUCCUGUUCUUUGGUCACUUCUGGCAGCUCUACAACAGCAUAACACUGUUCCAGAUGUUUCAGCUCCCGGAGUGUAAAGAGUGGCAGGUUGUGAUGUGCGGCUGCUCCUACUUGGUGCUCUUCAUGGGAAACUUUUUCACUACAUUGGGAGUGGUUUACCAGAAGUACAUGAACAACCAGGACAAACCCAAGGUCUUAUAAGGAAGAGAAUAACCAAAAAUCCUCCUGUUUGUGGAUCGUGCAAAGUUACAAUUGGCUCUAAUGUUGUCUUCGGAGCUCUUUAUCGAUGGCAUGAUUGUUGUCCUUGUGGACCAUUUAUAUGUACUGCGACUUUUAGCAAUAUCCUUUUAAUUGUAUUUAUGUGUAAACGAAGCAAUGAGUUUUACGGGUAGGUCAUAGACAUUAUCCCAUUUACCUCUUAAAACACACCAUAAGGAUGUUUCAGCAGAAUUAUCUGUCUUAGAAUUUUACAACUCCGAUAAGGAAAUGUUACUGAAUAUGGAAAUUUCUAAGCUAUUUGCAUCAUGAUCAUUUGGGGGAAAUUUAUAGUUUGUUUUUUCAGCAGCUACAUUGUAUUAUAGCCUUACAGAAAGUGCUAAUAAAACACUCCAAGCCCCAAUGUGUUGUUUUUUUUUUACUGCUAUUAUUCAAGGUUACCAGAUCUUCUAAUCCAUAUCUGAACCUAUGAUGUGUCUUUAGCAAAGCCAUAUUCUAACUCACUGUUGAGGUGUGUUUCUGGCGUGCAUUGUUGAACUCAACCUCGUACAUUUGAAGGAUAAAUUCACAAUUAAAGGAAUACUU